AAAUAUUUUCUAUUUCCCCCAAAACCAAACCCUAGAACACAAAUAAAAUUUUUACUCAAAUCCGAAAAAUUCGUUCAAUUCCUUUAAGUGAAUUAUCCAAUUUCCGAUCAGCAGCUUAAUAAGUUGAAUAAUUGUUUCAAUUUUGGAAAAAAGGUUAUCAGGUUUGAGCUGAGUUGCGAAUCAUGAGAUUUAGAAGGGGAAGCAAAGUGGAGGUAAUAAACAUGAGGCAGUCACCUGCAUCAUGGCGUCGUGCAGAGAUUCUCUCUGAUGAUGGGCAUAUGUACACUGUAAGGUCUGAUGAUUAUCCUGGCACGGAAAGCAGGGGGAGGAUUGAGAGGGUGUCAAGAAAGAAUGUCAGAUCUUCUGCACUACGUGUGGACGGUUUGGAAAAUCAGGAAAUUGGUCAAGUUAUGGAGGUAUUUGACGAAUCUUCUUGGAAGACUGCUACAAUUGUGAAGGUUCUGGAUAGAGACUACUAUUUCGUACGCCUGACUGGAUGCCUGAAGGAACUUUGUGUGCACAGAUCAAACAUUAGAGUGGUACAAUGUUGGCAAGAUGAGGAACGGGACUUUAUAAAGAAGGGAUCUGGACUGUGUAGGAGACCUGGCCAACUAUCAGCUUUAAAACCUUCUAAAAAGGUGAGCAAGAUCCUGUCUUUUAGCGCAAGGAAUAGAUUUCAUGUUGGGAGUGAUCAUUUAGCUGCUCAGGGGUGCACUGAGUUGCGGAAGUCUAAUGUUAGCUCUUCGUUGUUGCUGAAUAGGGCAUCCCAAGUUGCCUACUCUAAAAAUGAAACCUUUAGAAACAUUCAGGAUUUAGAGGCAACUGGUAGAGCUUUUAAGAGACGGAGAGUAGGGCCAACUGCCUUAAAGGGACAGGUCAAUGUUAGUGCCAAGUGCAAAGAAAAUUUAAUGGAUGAGAAUUAUGUACGUGGUUCAUUGAACGAUGUAUCUGAUGGAUAUUGUGCAUUGGAGAAAACCAAAAGAAGCGGCUCCGUUGGCCAUUUCCUUAUCAGAAGUAAAGAAGCUAGUGACUCUCAUAGUGAUGCCUGUUCGGUUGGUAGUUGUAGUGUCAAUGAUAAAUUUUCCAACGUAUUUCCAGAAGAAGAUUAUUGUCAAGGAACUGAGCUUCUUUGCAGUGAUGCAGAGUCUUUUCAAGAUUCUGCAGACAAGGAGGAAAGACACUCUCUUUCUUCACCAGCAAAAAUAGCAGCAAGUAUUCAUAGUAUGGAGUUACAUGCUUAUCGGUGCACUUUGGAGGCAUUGUAUGCGUCCGGCCCCUUGAGUUGGGACCAAGAAGCAUUGUUAACUAAUCUUCGCAUCUCGCUCCAUAUUUCAAAUGAUGAACAUUUAGCAGAACUGAAGACAUUAAUUUCCGCUGGACCUGGUACUCAUGGCAACAGUUGGAUGUAUACAUCCUUUGCCUCCGAAAAGUCAAAAGAUGAUGCUUGCAUUUGCAGCACCUCUCCUGGCGUUAUAGGGAGGAUUCCUACAACAACUGUCCCACAGAUAAGACAAUUCAUGGCUUUUGUUGUUAUUACGAUAAAGCUUCAUGAUUUGUUUUGUCUGGAUAACUUCGAUAUUUGCAUGUUUUGGCUGAAAAGUAAAUCAAUUCCAUGCAACUAUUUGCGUCGAAGGUCUUAUAAUAUGCUAUAUCUAUGUUUAUGGAUCCUCUGAUUGCAUAUUGUACUACUGUGCUCCAGAAUAUUGUGGAAGACUGACUUCCUAUACAUACUGAUAAGAAUUGUAGGAUUCUUUUUUAUCUACGUAGCAGGAGAUGAAAUCUACAUAUAAUUGGAGAUCUGGAAAUAAUGCAGUUUACAAAAUCUCAAGAUGUUGUAGAUGAAGUGUAAAUCAAAGGAACUAAAUAUGAAAAUGUGUAAUCAAAUUAUUGGAUUGUCUC